CAUUGUUAGUCUUCACGUGCAGUUUUCACACAUAGGGAACGGCUGAACUAAGGAGUCGUUUGGACACAAUCGCCCAAUGUAUCAUGGUUAAACGAAUCUGCUUCUCAAAGUGAACGGGUGAGGGUGAGCUAAGAUCCACUUUUAAUACCAGUUUCAGAAUUAAGUCAUUUUAACAUGAAUACUGUAGUAUGUUAUAGUUAAAGGGGAAUUAGUUACACUUUUAUCAAUUAUUUAAAAAAUUGAAUUUUAUACUAAGAAGGGGAAAGCAAAUUAAAACAAUUUUCCCAUACGAGACGAUUUGAAACGAAAUAAAAAUGAAAAUAUUACAGUAAAUCAGUAGAAUUUCUCAAAAUGCAUCACAAAAAGAAUGACUUAAAAAAUUUUUUACAAAAUAUAAAAAAAAACAAAAAAACACAAACAAUGGAAAUAAAAAAAAAAUAGUUUUUAUUCCUUCUUUCAAAUCCUUUGGUAUCAAAGAGUACACAUGCGUAAUGCCGAUUAUAAACUUUAAAUUGAAUUCUACUAUUAAGAGCGUGAUAUCUAAUGUAUUUCUUUGAUUUGAGAAAAAUGAUGACCACGUCAAACACCAUUAUUAUGCAAGCAACUGGAAACUUCUUAAAAAACCUUACAUGGUGCGAAACAUGAUAAGAAAUUUUCAGCUAUACAUAGUAAAAUGUUUUUUCAAUUUCUUAAACUUUAUUCUGAUCAUGAUCUUUAAUGGCUGAAUUAACUCCUCCCCCCCCCCCCACACCCCACACCCCCCCCCUUUUUUUUUCUUUCUCUCACUUAAAUAGCUUUGUAAAUAAUAAAAUGGAUUGAUAUCUCAAUCUGUGAAUGUCAUUCAAAGUAAAUCCUUAUAUUACUUAUAUUAUCUAGAUUAUGUGGAACCUCAAAAUGGUUGCAAAGUACUACCACGUAACACCUCCCAGCCUACAUUUUGAUAUUUUUGCAAUGUGACACUUAUUGUGAUUAAGAAAAGAAAGCAGUUGUCAUUUAAUUUUAUAUUAUAACUUUAUUUGUGGACGGUAAUUUUGUAAGGAGACCAGGACCCUUUGACAUCCAUCACGAUUAUUUAGCAAUUUCUGAGGUAUAUUAUUUUUAGAAGGCCUGGUCUGGAGCAUUUUAUUAUAUGCACAAAAUUUUACUCUCUAUAGACUAAUUAAAUAUAUACAUAUAUAAACUCAGAGCGCAAUAACAAUAUAAAUUAUAUACAUAUAUAUGUAGUAUAUAUUAUUUAAAAAAAAAAUUAUUUCACACUUCGUUUUUAACCAACGAAGCUUUGUGGAUGAAGUGGUUUAAGUUUAUAUGCUUUUACAUUUUUUAAAAGGUAUAGCUUGCUACUUACUAUAUAUUUCUUAUUAUCAUUGAGAUUUUAAGGACAAACGUCACAUGUUACUCUAACUGUAAAAAGGGGAAACAAUUAAAAGACAAAGUGUAUAUCUAUUUAAAAAACCUGAGAAAAAUAAAACCUGGCUAAAUGUGGAACAUUGUCAUGGUUACCGCAAUAUUUUUAUUUACAGAUUAAAACUAAGUCAAUAUGUUGGAAACCAACUAUACAAAUAAACAUUUUUGGACUGAAAUUUGCAUAAAUGAUUUUUUAAGUAACAUAUUUAUUAAUGUGUUUUAUAAAUAUUAGAGAAAUAAUAAUAAAGCAACCAAAUUAUUCUUACAUAUACAUGGACAAUUUGAAAUAUUUUAUUGUUUGAAUUGUAUAGAAAAAUUUUAAAAUAAAUAAAUACAACUGUAACAUGUGUAGAAAAUUUAAUAAUCAACCAAAAAAAAAAUAGUUUUAUAGAAAGAAAUGCCCCAAAGGAUAAAUUUAAAUUUUUAAGUAAUAAUAUUAAAUUUUAAAAAAAAGUACUUUUUAUUUUAAAGUAUAUUUAUUCAUCGAACUAUUUUUAAUUUAACUUACAAAAAUAUAGUUUUUUUCCAAAAAAUGACAAACAAGACAACCACGUUUGAAAAGUGUUGUGUGUGUGUGUUUUUUUUUUUGUCUAUUAUUUAUGAGGUUUUAAUGUUUAUUUUACAAUCCAUGCAAGGUGUCAUAUAUGUCAAACUGUUGAACCAGUUGUUUCGUGUUCAUCCACUCAAGGCGAUGAAUGUCUACUUGUUUGGGCAAAGUCUUUCACUUGAUCCCACCGGACAGUAUAGCUAAUAGCAACAUCUACUAAUACAACAAAAACGUAUCGGUUUGUUGCAAGAUCUGAUUUUUUUUAACUACAAUUCCCAACUAUGGUUGUUAAAUAAUUACAGAUUAAUAAUCAAAUUGUUUCAGCAUAAUACUCAGCAACACAAGUCCAAACCGUCAGUACAGGAUAUCUGCCAUCUCUCCACCAUAACAACCACAAAAACUAUUUCCCCUGACCCAAAUACGUCACAACACUCUCACACCAUAGAUACAGCUACACAUGAAAUCUCUAAAACUAAACAUCUUUUCCCUAACAAACACGACAACAGUGAUUCUCAUACCCUUGACAUCAUACAAUUUUACAGCAGGAGAAGUCUCCAAUAAGAAAGUACGACUUUCCUGGAUCCAUUACCAUAACACUGCCCCAUCUCCAAUGUUUGCUGUAAAAUAUCAAGACCUUGAGACUAACAGAUCUAGUUUAGCUGGUAAUGUAACGAUAUCAAGAAGUAAAAAUAGUCCAUUACAUUCUAUCUAUCUCAUUAGCAGAUUACCAGCAUAGAGUCCCUACAAAAUGUCUGUCGACGCUAGCAACUAUAAUGGGAAACAGUGUGUGUACAACUCUGAUAGUCACCACUAAAACGACAGGUGAGUUUGCAAAAAAUGCCUACACAAAUCUUUAAUUCUUUUUUUGUGUGUGUUAAUUUUACAUUUAUUUAGAAUAAAAUUUGACUUUGUUAAUAUUGACUUAAACUUUUUUUAAAAUUCAGAACUUUAACAGAAUAAACAGUAUGCCAAGGUGUUCGAAAAUGUUGUGCCUGAAUGCAUAUUGGACUAUAUGCGUAGGGAUACUAAAGUUCAUUGGAGGAAGUACGGUUGUAGUGAGUAGUGUGCAGGUGGGCAGUGGAGGAGGAGUGAGUGCGUGGGACGCUGACCGGAUCAGAGAAUCAGUCUUUUUUUGUUUUAGUUGGGGUUUUGUAGUGGUAAAUAGUAGUGUUGCUAGUGUUGUGAUCCAGGUUGUAUAGGUGGUUGUUUGGCUUGGCUUUUUUGCAGAACCCACAUUACUAAAGGGAGAACUCAUGAGAUCAGAGAGUAGUAGAAUGAAAUCUCAUCAUUCAUAACUGAGAAGAACGCGUGUGUCAAAUCUUUAUGUCCUGUUGUGUACUGGUGUACAGUGUGUAUCAAAUACCACUAGACAAAGGAGCCACACACGUAUAAAUUUGUGACACAGUCGUGGCUAAUAAACACAAUUUUGACUGAAGAUUGAAUGAAACAAGGAAAUCAUGACAAUGUAUAGAUCAAAUGUGAAACGUGUUUUAAAGGCAAAUUAACUUAACAUGUACACAUGUUUAUAUAGUAAUUUAUAUAUAAGAAUGCGCUAUGCUGCCCAAACCCAAACCCUAACUCUUAUCUUCUAUACAAUUUUGAUAACAUAAUAGAAUGGUUUUUAUUUGCAAAUAAUAUAUUGUACAGUCUUUAUUUAUUUUUAUUUUUGAGCACACCAAAUUCAGCAAACUAAAGAGGUCCAUUUACUACAGUGGUUCUCAACUUUCAUAAUGCUGUGACCCUUUUAUAUAGUUAAUCAUGAUGUGGUGACCCCCAACAAUAACAUUUUUUUUCGUUGCUACUUCAUAACUGUAGAGUAUAUGGGGCUUAGGCGACCCCUGUAAAAUAGUGGUUCGAACCCCAUAGGGCUCGCGACCCAUAGUUUGAGAACCACUUAUUCAUUACAUAUGCAAGUGGGCAAGAGGUUUACUCAAACCCGGCCUUAGAGUAAUGAUUAUUAGAAUUAAUAAUAUAUAUAUAUAUAUAAACAUAUAUAUAUAUUUAUCUAUAUAUAUAUAUAUAUAUAUAUACAUAUAUAUAUAUUUAUCUAUAUAUAUAUAUAUAUAUAUAUAUAUAUAUAUAUAUUUAUAUAUAUAUAUAUUUAUAUAGUUGAUGUUACUAUUUUUCCCUAUCUUAACCAUUUUUUGUUAUACAUUACUCUUUUUCUUAACGCCACCACAUACUUUAUUUGUCAUGAAUCUCUAUCUAUCGGCAUCCUUCCGUCUCGUGAGACGAUGGUGCAUCACCGUUGGGUUGGGUUUGUCAUGAAUAACAUUAAACUAAGCUUGACAGCAACAUAACGCUUUAAUCCGGAUGUUACAGUAAACCUGUACUUGACAUUUCUGAGCACUCCCAUAUUACAUAAUGUGUCAAUUUAAACCACCGUCUCUUUGAAUAUGCUAAGCCUAACGUUGCACUCAAAUUAAGGGAAAAAAAAAACAAUUGUUAGACAAUACUAAAUUUCUUUUAGGUAAGAAUUUUUUUUUUUUUCUUUUCUGCUAUUUACAAAAGUAAAGUUCAUUUCUUUUUUUCCUUUUUCUUAUUUUUGUCAAGAAAAAUUUUACAUUUGUGUACCUAACUCUUUCUCUUGAUUAUAUAUGUAAUGCAUUGGUUUUUUUUUAAAUUAAAGAAACUAGUCACAUCAACCUAGAGAUAUGCUUUAUAUAUAGUUCAAAAACUCAAUAUAGCUACAUACAUUUUGAUAGUAUUAUAAUUUUAUAUAAAAUAUAAAUUACUACCUAUUUUUGAACUAAUUAUUUAUUUUUUUUCAAAUCAAUUAUUUCUUGUUAUUUUUGUUUCCAGUAAACAUGGAUAAUGGGAUGUUGCUAAACAUAUUAUGGAUCCUUUAUUCUCUACAUAUCUUUGUUGACGGACAGGGUAUGAAAAACACGUAUUGUCAUUGUGUAUGUUUUAAAGUUCAAUGUAUAUCAAUACUAUCAUAGACUCUUAUUAAGAAUGUUAUAGUAAAAUGUAUUUUAAGUAUGUGGGAAUUAUUAUUUUCGUCAAAAACGCUUCACAAAAUACAUAUUAAAGAAAGUCAUGUAUCUUCUAGAUAAUAAUUAAAAUAUUUGAUUUUCUAGCUAAAGGUGCAUUUAUAAAAAGAAUAAAUACCAAUCAAUUCUUUGAUUGAUAUAGGCAUAUAUAUAUUUAUAUAUAUAUAUAUAUAUAUAUAUAUAUAUACAUAUAUAAUUUAUAUAUAUAUAUAUGCGCUUAUGUAUUUUAAAAAUACUUACAAACUAAUGAAGUGUUUAUUUGUAAUGCAGACGACAUUCCAAUAUGCAAAGAAAAGGGAUCAAGGCGUGUGGGAGAAUUAUGUUUUCAAUUCAAUUCUUCACUUGCUACCUGGAACCAAGCAAAGGUAAACAUAAAAACGCUUAUUUUUACAACAAAAUUAAAGUUUUAGAGCUGCAAAAAAAAAAAAAAAUAAUAAUAAUAAAAAGUUAUAACAAAUAAUAUAGACGUACUUUUGCUGUUCUAAAGGUAUAGACAAUAUCAGUAUUCAUCACAACUCUGGCUUCGUUCAGAUGAGUUAACAGUAUGCCAUUGUAUGAUCAUCAAAGAUGUCUGUACUUGUACGUGUUGAAGGUACACACAAUGUGUACUUCUUCAGAUGUGUUUCAUUUUCAAAAAUACAAGUAAAACAUGCAAUAAAAUAUGUGCAUAUUUUAAAAUGUAAACACUCAGCACAUUUAUUUGAUUUAGAAUUGUAAAAUAUUUUUUUAAAAGUACAUACAUGGAAACUAUAAACACAAAAACAAAUAUAGUAAUGAUUUCACUAUUAAAAAGCGAUUUUCAUGAGGAAAAAAUUAAAGCAUGCCUUUUUAAAUUAAAAGCAACUAUCAAAGAGGUUCUUCUAUACAUUGUCUUGAAAAACUACUUUUGUUUGACAAAACUAACUUUCUUAUAGGCUAGAACGGUGAAUUGCUUGCAAAAGGAAUUAUUAUUACUUUUAAUUUUUUUUUUUUUUUUUUUUUUUUUUUUUUUCUAAAUUAAAGAAAAAAACUUUUUUCUUUCUUUUUUUUUUUUUUGUAAUUUUUUUUUUUUUUUUUUUUUUUUUUUUUUUUUUUAUUUAAAACAUUUAAACAUUUUUUUAAAAACUAUUCCGGGCCUGGAUCGGACUAGCAAGCCACAUACGAACUCCCCGUGACCACCCUCCCCCCCCCCCCCCCCCUUUUUUUCAACCGGAUUACUAGAUGGUCCUAGUCGAUUUUGACAAACAAUCAACAAUAUAUUUUUUUUUCUUAUUUAUAUACAUAUAUCAAACAUUUUGAUGGUAUGCGCACGAACUUUUGAGAAAAUAAAUCUAUUAAAUAUUAAUUGAUCAUUUUUACGUUACUUAAAUUUUAAGAUUUAAUGUUAAAAAAGGAAAUAUCUUUUUUUAAUUAAUUGUUUAAUUAUUGUUUUUUUCUCCAAAUUCUUUAUUCAUUGCCAAGUUUUUGUCUUUCAGAAGAACAUGAACAUAAAUAAUUGUAACUGUACACAUUUUACUCUGCAAAGUUAAAAUUUUCUUGAUGCUAUCAAAAGUAGCAUUCAUUACUUUUAAAGAAACGUAUGUAAAAUAAAAUUUCCUGUCUCGUUAUCAAAGAAAUACAAUUGAAUUCUACCAUUAGGUUAACUGGGAUACAACUGUUAUAUGCGCGUUACUAUUUUCUCUUUCAGAAAAAUUGUGAAUCGAAAGGAAUGACACUCGCCUAUGUCAAUUCAGUUAAUCAGAUAAAAGAGAUUCUUGAAAAUCAACCCAUGUUCGAUCGAGGUAAAAUUUAGAUUAACUAAUUGCAAUUUUAUAUGGCAAGACAUAUAAUAAAGUAGCGAUACUCUAUCAAACAUCCUUACAAUCCACGUGAUGUUAAUGACGCGUGCAUGCAUCUUGAGUAGGACAUUAAUGUGAAACCAAACACACACAUACACAUACACACAGAUGCAUAUAUUUUCUAAAAUAUUUGACACAUCAUGAAUAAGGCCUGGGUUGUGGCGAGAAUGUAAAAAAAAAAAAAUUAUAUAUCAUAAAUCUCGAAAAAAAUCAACUACACACAUUAGACAUUUGGUAAAAUUAAACCUUUAAUUAUCUUCUACCUUUUAGUUUCAUUCUUUACCAAUGAAAUUUCCAUUUGCAUUCGUUAGGAUGCCGAUCCAGUUAGUAUAGAAAUUCCCGGGGUGGGAUCGUCUUCUCUGAUAGGAUCCCAUUUCCGGAGUGGAUCCCGGUCCCGGUUUGAUCCCAUAUUACCCGAAUGAAUCUCAUACCCUUGCGUUUGAUUUAGAGCUGGAUCCGGUUAGCGUUACUAUAAGCUUUUAUAUCCCAGGAUAUAUCCCCCGUAUGACUGUAUGGAAAUUUCUGGAAUAUUUUAGAUUAAAUGUAAUUAUCCUUCUCGAAACGUGUUUCAAAUGUUGUUUCAAAGUAAUUAUUAUUACAUACGAAAAAUUAUUUUAAAUGCAAUACUGUAACUAUAAAAUACAAUUAAUAUUUAUUUAGCUUAAAUAAGGAAAAAAAGAAAAGGGGGAACCAGCCCAGAUUAAAGGAUAUUAUAUGCUACGUAUCCAUCAGUUUUUGAAUAUGGAUAAUCAAGCGUAUUUAUAUUAAUUUUGGUCAAGAUCCAUUUAUUCAUGUAGGAGGAUUUGUUGAUCAUUUUAUUGAUAUAGCUCAUUUUAGACAAAAAAAAAACAAUUGCGGCCCCCGACCCCCUAAUGGAACGUUAUGAAAAGUUCAUGACCUUGUAAGACUUUUUCCGGAUGAAGAUUGAUAUAUGUGCCUAGUUUGGUCAAGAUCCAUCAAUCCAUGUAAAAGCCUUUGUGGAACAAACAAACACCGCAACAAACAGACACCACCACAAGCAAACUUUCAAUUUAUAUAUAUACUAGCCAAUAUAGCCGGCCUUGCCAGGGUUUGCAUUAGGACCCCAACACCAGCUCAGUCCCGUUUCACGAUGGGAUCCCAAUCGCCGAGGAGAUCGCGUAACCGAUGGGUUCCAGUUUAUAGAAUAGAUAUUAUGAGUUUAAUUUCAUUCCGUAUUUUAAUAUGGAUAAUAAAGCGUAUGUGUACUAAGUUUUGUAAAGAUCUAUCUACUCAUGCAGGAGCAUUUGUUAAUUUUAUUUAAAUAUCGCUUAAAAAGCAACCAAAAAAAAAAAUGAUACUAAUGGAUAUAAAUGUGACGUUUUGUCAAGAUCCUUUGUGGAACAAACAAAGCCACAAACUUUCACUUUCAUAUAUACAUAUAUGUGUGUGCGUGUGAUGUAUGAUGGAGAGAUAGAGAGGGAGGGGAGGAGGAGGGAGAGCAAAACAUUUUUUUGGUGUAGCUGAUACAUUCAGUUUGAAGUGAAAACUAAAUGCAAUGAAUACAAGUCCACUCUAUGAACACAUAUCUACAGAAUUACUCAUGCGCCUGUUUUUAAUUGUUGUAAAUACAAAUGCAGAAUGUAUAAUAAGACACUGUUACAAUAGACUAUAACAGAGUUUUCUCAAAGAAAACAUUCAUUUAUCUACUUGUUUCAUAAUUUUCCUCAAUUUGACUGAAUUCAUUUUCUAUUCGCUCAAAAUAUACAUGAAAACUAUGUGAGCUCAAGCACUUAAUAAUUUGUCAAAAAUUCUCCCCCACAUCACCCAGAGGUAGACUAGCUCAGUGAAAAUAAAAGUACUUCACUGCAAAAUACGUAGAUGCUAAGAGAUGUGGUACUACCUGGUAAUAUUUCGCUGCUCACGAUCUGAGCGUAUCCGACAUGGCAUUUGUGUUCUUUAACUGACGCAAUCUUAACUUUAGUUUAACGUCACAUAUUUUAUCAAAUAGAUAAAAAAAUUGACCUAAGUAAUUGAAAAUGUGUAAUUAUUGUUGCCAAUUUCAUUUAACCUUAAUAAUAAUAACAAAAUAUACUUUAACAGUAUUUUAAUGUUUAUUUAAGUUAUUAUCAGGGGGGUAACUUUUAUUUUUUUUAAAAUAACAACAACAAAACUCUUAGACUCACUUCAAAAUAACAGAAGAAUAUUUUCAUAAGUUCAAAUAAGAAAGGUAAAAAAAAAAACAUAUAUUUUUUUUUUUUGCAUUACAUAGUUCCAUUUUAUUAAAACCUUAAAUAUAUAUAUAUACAUACAUAUAUAUAUACAUGUAUGUAUGUUUGUUUGUUUUUGAUUUUUAUUAUGAACAUAACUUGAAAAAGGGUGACGAAUAAGAUAAUCUUUAUUAAAAAAAAUGAUUUAAAAAACUUAAAAGCACGUUUUUGAAUAGGCUUGGGACUGUUUAAAUAUUUGAAUUUAAUAAUCCGCAAAAUACAAUAGUAUCAAUUGCUUGCUUUAAAGAAAUAUUGUCAGGAAUCGAACACUUAAACCUGCUAGCCCUAAUCACAAAUCUAUUCUGUAGAGGAAAAAAAAAGGCUAAGAGCAAAAUAAUCUCAACAUUUAGAUUUUUUAAAAACUAUAAUAUAAAACGCUUGUUAUAGUUUCUCUUUUCUUUUAAAAUACACAAUUUCAGCUUUUUUUAGCAACCCCAUAUUAUUUUAUUCAACUCUAUUUCUAUAGCGUGGAUAGGGGCAAGUGACGCAAGAAAGGAGGGUCAGUUUGUUUGGGUAGCCUCUGAUGAAAACGCCACGGAACUUUCACUUCUUUGGUCAAGAGGAGAACCCAAUAACAUGAGGCGGGGUCGAGAGGAUGAGGACUGUGUCAACCUCUUUCCAUCAUUCUAUGCCAAUGAUGACCCGUGCAGCUUCAAUAUGUCUUCCAUAUGCAUGGAACAAUGUAAUGUAGUAGUAGUAGUUAAUGUUAGACUAGUUUAGAGAAAAAUAUAGUAAUUUUGAAACAUAUAAAAGAAAAUGAAAAAAAAAAAAAACAAAUAUUUGUGUAAAUUAAAAUGUCAAGAAAAAAAUAACAAUUUUUAAAAUGAAAAUAAAACAAGAACAAUACCAAUGCGAUAUAAAGAGAAAAUAAUGAAUAGCCAUUAAGAAUUGGAAUAAAAUAGUAAUUUAUUAAAAAAAAAACAUGUUAAAAGCAAUUUUAAAUAGAUUAGAAGAGAAGGAAUAUUAUUUUGAAGCUAAUAAUAAUUUUUAAAAAAAAUGCCUUUACAUUGUGGAAAUAAAAUUGCAAGUAGCCAUUAUGAAGCAAAUUUAAAAAAAAAAAUAUAGUGAUUUGUAAGGUGAACAUAAAAUAAGAUAUAGACAUUGAGAAGCAAAUAAGAAAAAGAAAUAACUAUUAUAAAUUGAAUGGAAAAUAAUGAAAAACUAUUGUAAAAUGAACAGCUAAUAUAAAAUUGCAUUUAUAAACAAAAUAAAAUAACUAGCAUUGUAAAGAGAAAUGAAGAAAAAAAAACAUAUUGUUAUAUUACAUAUUAACGUUUACUUUAUCCAUUCACAAAUAUCGCAUUCCAUUAUUUAAAAGAAAAACACAACAUAUUCAUUAAACUACAUUUUUUAAAAUUAGUUUACACACAAACAAACAUUUUUGCAGAUAAAAAUACGAUAUAUUGUCUACAUUUUGUUUAGUGUGCCCAUACAAUAUAAAGGUGGAACGAGUUUUUGUUGAUAAAGUAUUACUCUCGUGGAUACCUGGCUUUAAUGGCGGCCCACCUCAAACAUUCAGAAUUAAAUAUCAAGAUUUGGAGACCAAUGUAUCUCGUGCAGCUGGUACAGUAACAGUCCCUAGAGUUAACCAAACAUCAUCCAGUCCUUUUGAAUAUUUGUUACAAGGCUUAUCAACGGGAAAACAGUACAAAAUAUACGUGGAUGCUAGCAUCAAAAAUGGGAAAACAGCCUGCACACCUUUGGUAAUCACUACUGAAACGACAGGUGAGUUUCUGAAAAUGACUACAGAGGAAUUUAAUUAUUUCUAUUUUUUUUUUAUUUUAUUCUUAGGAUAACCAUAUUCAUAUUAAGAAAUUAACUUUACAGUUUUGAAAUUUCAAAGCUUUAGAGGAGAAAAAUUAAUAAAUAGCCACAUACUGACAAAUUCCGCAGUUUUCGGCAAGUUUUCGAAUAGGCAGGCCAUUUCUCUCUUUGGCCAAAGCGUCAGAUGUAAUGGAAAUGGCCAGUGUAUAUGCUACUUUGGCCGGGCGCUUCUCGAAAUGCCGGGGAAUUUCCUAGCCAUUGUUCGAUGUGCUGAUGCAACAAACAUCGAAAGCUGAUGAUAAUUUACGCAUCCAAAUACCAGAUGUUGAAAGAGUUCACAGUGAUGCACAAACCAUUUUUGCAGUUGUCAUGAACGUCGAGGGAGCUUUCUGCAAGCUCGUAACAGAACACGGUGCACUUAAACAACUGUAUUCCAGAAGUAUUCCACUCUGCACGAGAAACCACUCACCUUGGCAUCAGUGGGUACAGAAGAAACCUCACUAUGAGCCGUGGCGUUUUCCAAAUCACACAUCGGCCAACGAUGCUACACUCGAUGCAAAUUGCACAACAGAGAGCUCAACAGAUCGAUGAAAAUGUACAUAUACCAAACUGCUGUGCAAUUCAAAAUGUCAUACAAGCUCAUCUUGUUGUAGCAAGAUAUAGAGAUUGAAUAUUGACUAUAAUAAACCCAUUUGAAUAUUUUUGAUAAUUUAUGAUAUUAAUAAUCAAAUAAUUUGAUGAUCAUUACGGUAGAGGAACACCAAAAAAUCUGUUCUUGACUUUUUCUCUUCUGACUUUGGCCAAUCGCCCAAAUGACAUAUUGCAAAGUGGCUGGUCAUUUUUCGAAAACAAGAAUAGAUCGGACAUUGGCUGAUCAAUGUGAGGCGAUAUUUGUCAUUUCCAACUAAGGUUGAUUUUGGGCUUUUGUUGUAACAUAUAUAUAUAUAUAUAUAUAUAUAUACAUUAACCUAACUGUUUUUAAUUAACAUUAAUUGGAUGAAGUUAAUACACUCUAUUUUACAUUUAAAGCCUGUCAAAUGCUUUUCGUAAUUCAUAGUCUUUUAAAUAUCUAAUAAUAACCUUUUUUUUUCUUGUAACAAAUUAUAAGAAAACGUAACGAAACACAUUUAAUGUCCUGGCUAACUUAAAACAGAAAUAGCCAAAGGACCACCUGAAUGUCCAGUAAAUAUCAUCAUCAAUGAGAUAAACUAUAAUCUUGUCUCGCCGUCCUGGGCACCAGGUCAAAAAAGAUGAGCUGCCGCAAAUUUUUAUCGUUCUGGCUCACAUGUGUCUGUGCUAAUGAACAUUCCCAUUGACAGUGAUUUUUUUUCCUGUUGGCAGACUCUCAACAAACAUAUACUCGUGAAAAAUACACAGUUGCAAAAUUUCUCAAAUGACCCACUAAACGUUUUCUUUCGAUGUUGAGAAAAAUUUUCAAAUAAGGAAAUGUAAAGAUAAAUUUGUUUCAAGUGACAACUACUUCAGGACGGUUCUUCAAAAAAAUUAAAUUAAGUUUUAAGCAUAUUAUAUAAAAUAUAUAAUAUACAUUAAUUAUUAUUUUAUAAAGACACAGCCCUUAAAAAAGAAAAUAAAUGUAUAUUUAAAUUCUAUAUGUAAAAAAUCUUAAAGUGUAAAGAUAAGAUUUGAGUAGAUUUAUAAUUUUAAGUAUUACGUAACUUUAUCCAAAUUUAAGGAACAGCUAGAAUAUAUAUAAUUUCAAGCAGUAGUAAUUAAGUCAUUAAAUAGGCAAAUCAUUUUUUUUUGUCCAUGUUGAACAAAAUAUUCAUUUAAAAAAAAAAAAAAUGUUAUUUGUCAAAAAUAUCCUAUACCACCUCUUGAUAUUUACACAAAAAUAGUGUUUUUGUUUUUUUUUUUUUUUUAAUAAAUACCUACUAUUAGCUUUUAUGUUAUAAGCGUAAAAAUGUAACAAUUUAAUCAGUUUUUAACUCACUUUAAAAGUUUUUGUUUUUUUUAAAAAUCAUAGUAAAACCAAUCGUAUCCAUAUUUAUAUUCAUAGAUUUAAAUGCCUUCUUUUCAACUAUACCAUUUUAAUGGGUGAAACAAAGCAUUUAUUUAUUUAUUUAAAAGUUUUUGUUUUUUUUAAAAUCAUAGUAAAACCAAUCGUAUCCAUAUUUAUAUUCAUAGAUUUAAAUGCCUUCUUUUCAACUAUACCAUUUUAAUGGGUGAAACAAAGCAUUUAUUUAUUUAUUUAAAAGUUUUUUCAUAAAAACUUCAAGUCAUAUAUAUCAAUUAUUCAAAGCAAAUUGCAAGUUUUAUUAUUUCAAAGUAUUUUCUGCCAGGCACGCCAGAUACGCAAAAUCGUUCCAUUCCUUAUUGGUUGAUAUCUGUGUUGAUUUCCGUCCCUCUUGUGUUGGCCUCCAGCAUUGUUACAUGUUUUAUUUACAAGAGAAAAGGUUCGUCAUAA